GGGCGCAGGCGCAGACAGCUGUCUUCCCGCUGCAAGUCCAGGCCGUAGCCUCCUGACGCCGAGGGGGGACGGUUUCUUCUUAAAAGAGAAACAGCGGCGGCGCGCGCGGUGGGCCCCGGUCCUUCUGUGGCUUUCGGAGUGAGCACGCGGGUCCGGGGAGCGCAGGCGCAGUUUGGGCAAAGGCGGGUUGGGGCGUGCAGACGGAGCGAGGGGCUGUGUCUGUCCCGAAAGCCCCGACGACGACAGCACGUUCCUCCCGUAGGCCCGCACGUCUAUGGCCUCUCCGGUGGCAGACGCAUCCCGCCGCCGGCGGGAGAAGCGCAGGCAGCUGGACGCGCGCCGCAGCAAGUGCCGCAUCCGCCUGGGCGGCCACAUGGAACAGUGGUGCCUCCUCAAGGAGCGGCUGGGCUUCUCCCUGCACUCGCAGCUCGCCAAGUUCCUGUUGGACCGGUUAGGGGCCGGGAGGGACCAAGGAGGGCACCGAGACACAGCCCCAAGCCGGUUCCUACAGCCUUGGGUUUCUCGUUUGGGCAGGGUGGGCCUGCUCCUCCCCUCCUAGCCCCAGCGAAUGGGAGGUCUGUAGGGUUGGCCCUGUAAGUGUGUGAGUGCGGAGACUUGAGGGUGGUUGGCUCUGAGCUGACACCAAGCUCCUCUCUGGCAGGUACACUUCUUCAGGCUGUGUCCUCUGUGCAGCUCCAGAGCCUGGGCCUCGGAAGGGUCUGCAGUACCUGGUGCUCCUGUCUCACACACACAGCCGGGAAUGCGGCCUAGUGCCCGGGCUCCGGGGGCCUGGAGGUGGUGAAGGAGAGCUUGUAUGGGAGUGCUCUGCGGGCCACACGUUCUCCUGGGAACCCUCUUUGAUUCCUGCACCUUCAGAUGUACCUAAGCAGGCCCCUCUCACACACACCACAGAGAGAGCCUGGUGUUCAGAGGCCAGGAGGAAGCAGGAAGCCCAAGGUUUGGAAUGUGAGCAGCGAGAAAGGACUCAAGAAACCAGGCUGUCCAGCUUGCAGGAGAGUAGAUUCUCCAUUGGAGAUCGACCCACCUCUGGGAGAGGAUCAGGAUGUGGAGGAGGAGGAGGAAGAAGAAGAGGAAGAGGAAGAGCUGCUCAGUGACGCCAGCCCAUGGACCUACAGCUCCUCCCCAGAUGACAGUGAACCAGACGUCCCUAGGCCACCUCCGUCCCCUGUUACGCACACACCUAAGGAGGGAGAGGUCUCGCCAGUACCUGCAACUCUGCCCACUCCCUGUGCUGUUCUCGCCUCCGUGGGUUCUCCAGAUGCUCUGACAUCAGAUACUGAGGUGCGGCUGGAACUCAGCAGGACCCCUCAGGUGCCUGCAGAGCUGCACAUGACUGAGUCUCUGGAGAGCCCUGGGAGUCAGGCCCAGUCUGCUCCGAAUCCGACUUGGGAUGAGGAUACUGCCCAGAUUGGGCUCAGGAGAAUUAGGAAAGCUGCCAAAAGAGAGCUGAUGCCCUGCGACUUCCCUGGCUGUGGAAGGAUCUUCUCCAACCGGCAGUAUCUGAAUCACCACAAGAAGUACCAGCAUAUCCACCAGAAGUCGUUCUGCUGCCCUGAGCCAGCUUGUGGGAAGUCCUUCAACUUUAAAAAGCACCUGAAGGAGCAUGUGAAACUCCACAGCGAUACCAGGGACUACAUCUGUGAAUUCUGUGCUCGAUCUUUCCGCACUAGCAGCAACCUUGUCAUCCACAGACGAAUCCACACAGGAGAGAAACCCCUGCAGUGUGAGAUAUGUGGAUUUACUUGCCGGCAGAAGGCCUCCCUAAACUGGCACCGACGCAAGCAUGCAGAGACAGCAGCUGCCCUGCGAUUCCCCUGUGAAUUCUGUGGCAAACGCUUUGAGAAGCCAGACAGUGUGGUAGCUCACUGUAGCAAAAGCCACCCAGCCCUGCUCCCAGCACAAGAGCCACCUGGCUCUUUGGUGUCUAGUCCCAGCAUUUCUGCCCCUGAAUCCCUGCAGUCUCCUGAGGGGGCUAGCAUCUCUACCACUUCUGACUCUAAUCCUGCCUCCUCAACAUCCAUUUCUUCACCUGGGGUGCCAGACCCCAGGAACAGAGAGAAAAGUUAGGUGAGUGCAGUGGAGGGUAGAGCACCAUUGGGCUCCAGAUACCAGGUUUUAGCCUUCAAAGAAAUAAUAAAUGGUAUUUUAUACAAGUGUAUGCUUUGGUGCUACAGAUAUAAGAAUCUGGGAGUCUUUUGAAAACAGGCUGUUAGUGUGUGCCAGAAUGCAGCAGAAGCUGACCCACUCACAUGCCCUUUUUUCUAGACUUACUUUACAGACCUUCCCUGUAGAGUGUUAACAGUUGCCUUGGGGCAGACUAGACCAGGAAGCAGAUAACCCUGUUCUGUCUAGCAUUUGCCUCUAGUGAGGCCCUGCAGACUGGCCUUCUGAUCUAGAACUGAGCCCCGCAGCAAAAUAGCUAGUCUACAAUGGAUGAAUUUUUGAGAGGUAAUUGAAUUGUGGAUCAUGACUUGCUAAUGGGUUAAUCCUUUGAUAAGUUCAUGGCUUGAAGGCCACAGUCUCUGGGGAAGUGCUUUUGAAGAGUAAUCUUCCCUUUAUCCUUCCCAUGUGCCCUUUCCCCAGAGUAGAUAGCCUGUGUCUUUCUAUUUUGGUUCAGGCUCAAAGUGGAGCCAGUUGACAACGAAGUGACACUAUUGAAACCACGAGCCAAAAUAAACCUUUUAAGUUGA